AAUAUUCUUAUCUUCAUUUUCACAUUUAUUCAUAUCUCGUCCUCCCACUAGUUCCGUAUGGGGAAAUAAACAAACAACUCAGACUAAAACCACGAUGGUCGAAAAUCCAGGGCAAAGAGAGCACUUCGAGUCAAUUGACCGUUUAUUCUCUAUUUCUUUAGUAAAGGACACGCUCGACUUUAGCAACGAUUUGCUUCACAAAUAUCCACUGGCUAACAGUGUAUGGGAACGUGGCUAUAACGUUGCAGUAGGCGUCAGCUCACCAAUCGUAAGAGGCCCUCUCCACAGGCCUGUUCAAGUGUUGGACGUUUACAGUCUUCAACUUUUGAAACUCGCAGAAUCAUUCUGGCCAUACCCGUUCAAUAAACACGGGGGAGAAAUCUACAAUGACGUUAAACAGCCAAUCUUCGACUCAAGGGAACGCCUCAACAACAGCAUCAUUACUCCAAUUUUGAUGCAGAUUGAGAAUUUUGUCCAUCGAUUCAUCCCAUCUCAGAAUCAAUCAAAUAAGAAUGAAUUAUCACCUACGAAGCGUACGAUUAUACUCAAGAAUGAGGUUACAGAUUACUUAAGUAGUGUAUCAACUGAGCAGCUUAACAGAUUACGUCAAUCUAACGACUGGAUUGAUAAAUCCGCUGAUUAUGUCUCAAAUCAAGCUGUUUCUUUUAAGCAAGCUAUUCUUGAUUCAAGAACUAACGUUGAGGAGCGUACUAAUGAAUUAUUAACUAUUCUUCGUAAUGAGAAGGAGAAGGUAGAGGAGAGAGCAAAAAAGAUACCAGAAGACUCAAGAAGAAACGUCACACCUGCCUUCAAUAAGUUACAAGAAACAUACAAUGACUUGAGUGGUAUUGCAGCCAACAAAGAAUUCACCGCUAAAGAGAAAGCUAUGCGUAUUGGUGAUUACAUCAAUGAUAAUGCUGUUCCUGUCCUUCGCUCAUUACAAGAGGCUGUCACCAAGACAGAAAGUGAACUUCAAAAGGCAGUUAACGAGCAGGUCAAUCAUGUCAAUCAUGUGACAGAGAAGAAUGACGAGAAGAAAGUCUCAUAUGAUAAGCCAGAAAACAAGCCAUUGAGAGCAUCAAGAAAGGCUUAGCAUGGUGGUGCUUGAGAGAGACGUAUUAGCAGAAUAAUUACCUUUGAAUUACUAAUUGAAAUAUUUCUUGAACACUUCAUUUAAUUAUCUAUUUUCACUUUCAACCCUUUAAACAACUAAAUAUUGUAGUUGCUGUAUAUAUUUAUUGAUAUUUGUUCUCC